UCCAGGGGUUCACGAUUUUUUUCCAGGGUUUAAAAAGGGUUUGCGUGUCAUAUUCGUGGUCAGUUUUUGCUUGAGCUUACUCGGAGUAUCAUCUUCUUUUGGAAUACCAUUUCAGUGUAAGGAUUUUUAACUCUUAUAGAUCUCAGUCAUAAUGAAUCGAAAAUUCAUUUGCCUAUCUUUAGCAAUAUUGGUAUUUAGUUCCUGCCUAGUUCGAGAUAUAGAAGCUGGACACAAACUACAUCUGAAAAGAAUAGCCAAGAUGAUUUUAAUAGCCAAUGCACUUACAGGAAAGAAAAUUCUAUUCCCCCUACCACUUCCCCUUCCCAUCCCAGUAUUUCAAGAACAUAUCAAACAUGUUCCUUAUGAGGCUAUGGACUAUGGCAUGGGUGGAGGCUAUGGAGGUGGCAUGGGAGGCGGCUACGGUGGCGGCAUGGGUGGUGGCUAUGGAAUGAUGGGAGGAGGCGACUAUGGUAUGGGAGGCAUGGGUGGAGGUGGUGGAUAUGGCAUGGGAGGAGGUGGAGGAUAUGGUAUGAUGGGUGGUGGAAAAGGCGGUUAUUAAAAAAAGCAUGAAAAAUGUUUUUUCAAAAGUAUUAAAUCUUGUUCACCUCUUCUUCAAGAAUACAGGAGAACUAAUGUCAAAUAUAGUGGAUAAAGAAUUCAUUGUAAAUAUUUCAUCCUCAUUUUUAUGUACAAAAUGUUUUAAGGUUUGAGGUAUGUUUAUGACGGUAUGGCUGAUGUAUUUUUUUGUAUAUAGGUAUUUUUCUAUUAACAUUUUGAAUCGUAUUUUGUUCUAACGUUAAUAUAAGUUUCAUAGCUACACUACACAACAUUCGAAAAAAAUUAACUGUACAACUAAUUAUAAUUUUUCUCUU